CCAGUGGAAAGUUGAAAAGUUUUACGCGACGCAUAAUUUGAUAUUCAACUGUUCCACUGGAUUUCGGACGGUUUGCAGUCAUGGUUUGCAGUACAUUUUGAAGAAACCAGAAUGAGUUUAAUUGGUAUACUUACAUGUGUUAUUAUGUUUAUUCUGAAUACUUCUACAAACCUAUUGAAACGUUUUUGUUCCACUAGUGUCUAUAAAUUAUUAAAAGUAAAAGAGGAAAGAAUAAAGAAUUUAAGAAAAAUGGCUUUACCAAAAUCAAGAGAGAACCCCAUAAUAAUGAAAUUAGAUACACCGGAAUUUAACGCAUUAUUUAAUGAUGAAUUACGUAGUUUGAUUUCAAUAUUCAAAGAAUACGGUUAUGAAAUUCGCAUAGCUGGGGGUGCUGUAAGAGAUUUGCUCAUGGGAAAACAACCCAAAGAUCUAGACUUUGCUACAACAGCCACUCCGACGGAAAUGAAAGAAAUGUUUACAACAGAAAACGUUAGAAUGAUAAAUGUCAAUGGUGAAAAACAUGGCACCAUUACUCCUAGAAUCAAUGAUAAAGAAAAUUUUGAGGUAACAACUUUAAGGAUAGAUGUUAUAAGUGAUGGAAGGCAUGCCGAAGUUCAAUUUACCACAGACUGGUUACUCGAUUCAUUGAGAAGAGAUUUAACAAUAAAUUCAAUGUUUUUGGGAAUGGAUGGAAAUGUUUAUGAUUAUUUUUUCGGAUAUGACGAUCUCAAAAAGCAUAGAGUUGCUUUUGUAGGGAAGGCAGAGACUAGAAUACAGGAGGAUUAUUUAAGAAUUUUGAGAUAUUUUAGGUUUUAUGGAAGAAUUUGUCCAGAACCCAAUAAAUUUGAUUCGGAAGCAAUCGAGGCAAUCAGAAACAAUGCUCAUGGAUUGGCUGAUAUUUCUGGAGAAAGAAUAUGGAUUGAAUUGAAGCAAAUUUUAGAAGGCAAUUUUGCUGGAGAUAUAAUGGUUACGAUGAUAGAAAAUGGUUUAGGUCCCCACAUAGGUUUACCAAAAAAACCCAACGUUUCAGAAUUAAAACGAGUCUGGAAUCAAAGUGGCCAUUUAAAAUUAAAUGCAAUAACUCUACUUUCUGCCCUUCUAAAUACCGUAGACGACGCAAUCGCUUUAAAUUUAAGAAUAAAAUUUUCAGCUUUUGAAAGAGAACUAGCAAUAUACAUAGUAGAAAAUAGGGCUCCGAAAUUACACCCAAAACCGCUCAUGCCUUUUCAGCAACAAAUUUUAAAAUCCAUUUCGAAACCAGCGAAUGUAAAAAAAAUGGCAGUCGAGGUUUUGAAAUAUAAUAAUUCGCCAUAUUGGGAGGAAUUAGAAAAAUGGGAAAUUCCUAAAUUCCCUGUAAGUGGGAAUUUACUGAAAGAACGCGGAGUUGAGCCCGGCAGAAAUAUGGGAGCAGUAAUGACUCAAUUGAAACAUUUUUGGGCAGACAAUGAUUUUAAUUUGAGUGUAGAAGACUUAAUGAAGGAGUUACCCAGGGUUUUGGAGGUGCUGGCCGAAAAGAAGAAAAUAAAAUAAAAGUUAAAUAUUUUGUUAAGUUAUUUAUUUUCAAUAUUUUUUUAUUAAAAUAUCGUUUAUUGCCG